AUGUCCGCUCCCGCACACAAGUUCAAGGUCGCUGAUAUCAGCCUGGCCGCCUUCGGCCGCCGGGAGAUUGAGCUCGCCGAAAAUGAGAUGCCCGGUCUGAUGGCCACGAGGGAGAAGUACGCAGAGGCCCAGCCGCUUGCUGGCGCCAGGAUCGCAGGAUGCUUGCACAUGACCAUCCAGACCGCUGUGCUGAUCGAGACGCUGACCGCCCUUGGUGCUGAGGUCACCUGGUCCAGCUGCAACAUCUUCUCCACUCAAGAUCAUGCCGCUGCUGCCAUUGCUGCCACCGGUGUCCCUGUUUUCGCUUGGAAGGGCGAGACCGAAGAGGAAUACCAAUGGUGCCUCGAGCAACAGCUCACUGCCUUCAAGGAUGACAAGAAGCUCAACCUUAUCCUCGACGACGGUGGUGAUCUUACCUCGCUCCUUCACACCAAGUAUCCUGAGUCGCUCAAGGACUGCUAUGGUGUCUCAGAGGAGACCACCACCGGUGUUCACCACCUCUACAAGAUGCUGAAGAGCGCAGGCACCGGACACGGUCUUCUCGUCCCUGCCAUUAACGUCAAUGACUCCGUCACCAAGUCCAAGUUCGACAACCUUUACGGCUGCCGUGAGUCUCUCAUCGAUGGAAUCAAGCGAGCCACCGAUGUCAUGAUUGCUGGCAAGAUUGCCGUCGUCGCUGGUUACGGUGAUGUCGGCAAGGGCUGUGUUGAGGCUCUUCACUCCAUGGGUGCUCGUGUCCUCGUCACUGAAAUCGACCCCAUCAACGCGCUUCAAGCCGCUGUCUCCGGAUUUGAAGUCACCACCAUGGAGGAGGCUGCUCCUAUCGCCCAGAUCUUCGUGACCACCACCGGAUGCCGUGACAUCAUCACCGGCGACCACUUCUCCGUCAUGCCGAACGAUGCCAUCGUCUGCAACAUCGGCCACUUCGACAUCGAAAUCGACGUCGCCUGGAUCAAGAAGAACGCCACGUCGGUCCAGAGCAUCAAGCCCCAGGUCGACCGCUUCCUCAUGCCCAACGGCAGGCACGUCAUCUUGCUGGCUGAGGGCCGUCUCGUCAACUUGGGAUGUGCCACCGGCCACCCGUCGUUCGUCAUGAGCUGCUCGUUCACCAACCAGGUCCUCGCGCAGAUCAUGCUGUUCAAGGCCGCCGACGUGGAGUUCGGCAAGAAGUACAUCGAGUUCGGCAAGUCCGGCAAGCUCGACAUUGGCGUCUACGUCCUCCCCAAGAUCUUGGACGAGCAGGUCGCCGCUCUUCAUUUGUCGCACGUCAACGCCAAGUUGACCAAGUUGACUUCCGUCCAAUCCGAGUACCUCAGCUUGCCGGCUGAGGGACCUUACAAGCCAGACCAGUAA